AUGCAACCAUCGGCCAUCCCGGACACCCUCCCUACUCCACCAUCAAGCGCUCCAUCUGUCCCCGCCCUCAUCCGCCCGGUUCCAUUGAACGCCAAAGAUGAGAGGUUCCGUGCUCAAAAGGCACUAUUUAUGGCCGCCUCAAAUUUUGGCCUCUACGCUAAAAUGACUGAAGAGACGGGAAAUGCACUCCAUGCUCGAGAGAGUCCAAAUGCUCUGAAUAUGCUUCAAAAACAAUUUGGAGGAGAGGGACAAACCCCACUCAAUCCGUUCAGAGCGAUUGGGCUUGAACCUCCUCGCGCCGAACCAAAACCUGUUGCGCCGAAGAAAAUGCCUCCCAAUGGUGGAUCAGUUCCACCAAUUCUCCAACACCCACCCUCAUCAGGCUUUCCACUUCACUUCAUGACCCCAUUGCUGAUGAGUUUGCCGUUUUCAGGACUCUCUAUGGAGCAAUUUGCUACUCAAUGUAACCAAGACCUCACAUAUCAAUUAUUCUGUUUCCUCUACAAUUCUAGAAUUGCAGCAUCAAUUCGAGGGUUGCCACAACUUCCCGCUGUCCCUGCACCAUCAGGGCAGCCGGAGCAACCGGGAGAAGAAAGAAAUCGAAAACGGAAAAACACAGAAGAUGGUUCAAAAAAUGAGAAAAAAAGCAAAACGUCAGGUAAUUAG